AUGUCGCAGAAGAGCACCGGCUCUCCAGAGAACCCGGUAUGGGACAACUCAAUCAUGUCCAUCGAGCUGACAGAUGACUUCCAGCUUCAGGAUUAUCCGCUGCGGCUUGGGCUGUGCAGCUCGGAGACAGGACCUCCGGAUUAUGGGUUUGUCAUGAUCAACUUGGAGCAGAUCCUGCACAGCCGGACGGAAGUAGACCCUGAUGAAGUGGUCAGCAUGAAAGGCUGGUUCCCCCUCUUCGACACCAUGACGGGCGUGCGGGGCCGGAUCCUGGUCUCCAUCAAGAUGCAGUUUGUUGGGGACCAGUCGUACAAUGACCGAUUCGCCUCCUCUGUGGGAGUGCGCUUCUUCUCCAUCGCCACGCCGCCUCAGCCCGGGGUCUUCCUGGUGGAGCAGCUCUUGGGCUUGGUGGAAGAGCUGCGGGUGGUGCAGGACCCGGAGUACAACUGGCGGGACCUGAUCCGCUCCGACCGCUCCUCCAACGAAGAGCGCCUGAGGGUCUUCCACAACGCGGCCAUGCGCGCGCGAAGAGAACUGGGGAAGCAGGUGCGGCGUCUCGGCGCGAACGCGGUGCUUGGCUAUCGAGAGUACGUGGACUUGGAGGGAGAUGCGACUGACCGCAUUUGCAUCCGGGCCUUUGGCACGGCAGCGAAGAUUGUGACCGCAACGACUGGCCUCCUGCGGCAAGUGAGUGCCGAGGGCAGCCGCUCGCCCCGGCGCAUGAGCGACGACCUGCCGCAUGAGCGCCUGCCGCCGCUGGCGCUGCUGCCAGCGGCCUCAGGCGGAGCACAGUCUGAUGCGCUCUUCAGCGCAGUCUCCCUGACCCGCAGCAGCGACGAAGUCAGCGUCGGCGGCAGCGUGGUGGAGGGCCUUGCGGCGGAGGUGCUGCAAAGAGGCGUUUUGCACUCGCUGGACCGACUUCCGGUGGCAGAGCGCAUCGCAGUGUGCGGCGUGGUGGCGGCGCGGGCUGUGAAGGUGAAGAACCUCUCACGCCAGACACUUCUUGCUGUUUGGGCACGGCAGAAGCAGGGUCCGAGUCUGGAGCAGGCGUAG